CGUCCUCUGAUCGCUCUCUCGUCCUUUCGCUGCUUUCAGGCCAAGGACAUCCACUUCCAGCUUUCAGCUUUGGCUUUCGCUUUUUGCUCUCUCUGCAUUCCGCAGCAACACCAAUCCCCGUUCUUAUCGCAGUCCCACCAUGUCUUCCGGCCUUCCGUCCACCCCGUCGACUCCCCUCACACUUGGCUCGCUGCCUCUCUCGCUUCCGGCUUCGCCUCCGUUGUCGUCGCCUGGCUUGGAUCCUGCUCGGCCUUCUUCCUGCCCGCCUGCUCUGCCUUCGACCACCUUGCCCCUCCUUUCGAUGCUCCUCCCGCUGGUACCGCCUCUGUCGCCUCCCACUACUGCCGUCGCUUCGCCUGCCUCGCCCUUGGCAUUGUCGCCCACUGCAUCGGCCCUCUCGGUCCCGCUCCUUUCGCUGCUGGCCCAGCAGCCCAAGCUGCCAGUAUCAUCUCCCGUCUCUCCCCAGCCUUCGCCCCCCGCAGCCCCGGCCUCGGCUCCUGCAGCUUCGGUCGAGUCCCUCUUCAAGGCCCAAUUCGACGCCUUCCUCCGUCUGGCUGCCGCUUCAGCGCUCUCCAAGCCCCCCGCCGAUCCCAGCAAGCCCCAAAAGCCCCCGUCCGCCGUUCCGCUGACCUUCCCGGCCCUGACCCAUCCCUCGCUGCUGCUGGCUGCAACAGCCGCCGUGGCUGCCUUGCCGCGUCGAUCCCCUGCCCCUGGUGCAGGCCCCGCCGUCGAAAUGGCGGCUCCCCUGAUCAAUGGCUCGCCCGUUCUCCUGAAUCCCGCCCUCAUGGCGACCAGCUUCCCGCUCUUCUCCACAGCAAAUCUUCCUCUGUCGUCCUCACCCUACUCAACCGAUGCCCGCAAGCGCCGCAACUCCCGCGAGGGCAAGCUUUUCAGCUGCGAUGUCGCCGGCUGCGACAAGCAGUUCACCCAGCUCGCCCACCUCAAGAUCCACAAGCGCAAGCAUAGCGGCGAGCGCCCAUACUUGUGCUCGUUCCCCGACUGCGGAAAGUCCUUCACACAGCUGGGUAAUCUGAAGACCCACGAGCGUAUUCACUCGGGCGAGAAGCCUUUCAAGUGCUCCUUCCCUGGGUGCGGCAAGACGUUUAGCCAGAUGGGCAACAUGAAGACCCACCAGGUGCUGCACAUGGGCGCCAAGCCAUACACCUGCCGCUUCAGCGGCUGUGCCAAGUCGUUCAGCCAAAUGGGCAAUCUGAAGGCUCAUGAGCAAAAGGUGCACAUCGAGGCAAACGCCAUCGAGCGCCAAUCCGAGAACAACUGCCAGUUUGACUGCGAGCGCGAUGCCGACUGCGGCGCUCCCAAGGCCAAAAAGCGACGGACAGCCAAGGCGGCCCGCGCCGUGUUCAAGGAUCUCGACGAUGCCAGCAGUGUCGACGAAGAAGACGACGGCGCCGAGACUGGCCAGAAGCGCUCGCGCGGUCGGCAGACCUCGAGCCCAAACGUCUGCAAGAAGGAGAUACUGCUGCUGCAGAAGAUGAAAGCCGUCCUGGAGCGGUGACAAGCAAAGCCACAGCGAGAGCAAAGGAAAGAAGCCAAAAAGCAGUGUCCGGCGUAACCGGUCCAGCAGACCAAUCGACUGUAGCCGCCCCAAGGAUAGUUCCAAUC